GGUAUAUUUCGUGAACACGAAACUGAGUCCACGUUGCAAGACUAGUCCUACGGCUAAAUCAACAUUGCCUGCCAAGCUUCGGCUGGAGCACCUGUAAAGAGCCGGUUUGGUUUCACGCACUUCCUGCUGACUUCGCUUCGCAGAUGCACCUACCCGCCCCAGGACAAGCGCUCAAUAUAUUCGCAGCACUACUAUGAGCAGCUAAGACAUGGAGUGGAACUUGCUACAGCACCCAUAAUGACAGGCUGAAUGGCACGCAAGCGUCCGUACGUCCGCGAACCCAAUCGACAGGUUUUGUGUUUGUCACAACAUUGUCCGUCGGCCUCUGCGAAGUACGUGCUUAGUAUGGAGAGUGGGCGAACAAUGCGAAGGUUCUCUGGUGCACCAUCUGUGGAGACUGGCUACAUGCUGGCCCGGCAUGGUAGAUCCUUGGACAGCUCGUUUAUUGCAGGUCUGGAGCUGGUCUCAGCUCUCCAGCACAAGAACGUGCGCAAGACUACUAUACGCACGACGGCACACUAUGUCCGCCACGCUGACCUUGUGACUAUGUCACACUCAGGCUCUAUACCAGUACUGUAGGCUGAAUAUCACGGUCGAAGGGGGAUUGACCACUGGUCGCAAUCGAG